AGCUGCCAGGAGCAGCGGUGGCUACGGACACGUCUAAAAGCCGGAUUUCUAAGUUUAGUUAGGAUAGUUAGAAAACAAAAAGAAGAAAAGAUGAAGGAAUCAAAUGAAGAAAUAAGAGCCGAGGUUCUGGAGGAGGACAAAAAGAAAGACAUGGGAGUUUACAUCACUAUGAUUGUGGCUGUGUUAGCCACAGCCGCCAGUAUAACAGGUGCUUCUGCCGUGAUUAUGCUGCGAAUGCUGGGAUUUUACCGUGAUACAAUAGGCGGUUAUUGGAUGUCUUGCAUUCCUUUUAUAUUCCCAGCCGUGACAGGAGUAUCAGUGGCUUUUAAACGGCAGAUGAUAGCGAUUGCUCUACACGUUCCGAUUUUGCUAAUGGCUUCGCUUUCUGGUGGAGUUUCGUUUGGUUAUUCCAUCUCCCCUGUUUUUGACACAUCAGUCAAUUGCACAAAACACAUCUUGGACGGCGACUGUGAGAAGACGAGCCUCGUUUACUUGUACACAGCAUUCGGUGGUGUCGCCUGUGGACUCAGCGUUCUGGGCAUCCUCAUUUCUUCGUGCGCCUGCCAACAGGCCAGGAGGCGACUACAAAAGAAAGCCGAUCGUCUAGAACUGAACCAACAGCGAGAUGCCAACAUAAAGGCACACCAGAACGAGUCUAUUCCCAAACACAAGAGCAUGCUGAGUUCCACCAACGGUUUGGCACCGAAAUCAGGGGAAACAAACGGGGUGCACAAGACCAGCGACCACGUGUAUGCUAACCAGGUGGCCCUAACGGACGACCUGACUACCAAGCUAUAGGAACUAGUAAUUUCUAAGAAAUAUGGGCAGUGAACAUUUUAUACUUUUAGAGGAUGAAAAUGAUAACUACAUGUAUAUAUUGAUUGUGUUUAUGACAUGCUUUACUUAGAUAACAUAACACAUGACCAUCUAAAUUAUUUGCAAAAUUAUGAUGUACAGAUACAACGAUAUUCAUUCAUAUUGUCCACUGUGCAAUGCUCUAAACACUGACCGAACAAUAGUUUUGUUCGUGCAAGUCAAGUUUGUGUAACCCAUUUUUUCAUUCGCGCAUUGAAAAAACGUGAUAUGGCUGUAACGGGCUAUGCAAAAUGAAAAUUGGUUAACUGAACUCAUUUUGUUUUUGCGUAACCCGUAAAUGGGUUACACAAAUUAAUACAAUUCUCCAAGGCCUUAUUCUGUCUAUAAAUGUCGGCUAAUAUUAUUAUAGAAAUUACCCUCGUUAGCUGGUAGUCUUUAUACAGAUAUACAGUAUAUAUGAUUUAAAAACUACUAAGCACAAAUGGAUUGAGCACAAGCUUUUUCAAAUUUGUUACGGACUCUUAAGAAUCAUUGAAAAUACUACGCGAAUGACAAUUAAAUGCCAUUUAUUUUAUUGCUUGUUUCAAAGCGUCGUCUAACGAGGAAAAGCUUGUUGGAUACGUUUCAAAACGAGUAGCAAGAUAAGUGGAGUAUGGUAGGUCUAUGUGGUGUAGUAGUAUUUAAUUUCUUUCAUACACCCCCAAAAAUAAAUAAAAACAUACAGGUUUAAAUUAAAACGACCCUUCCGUUAUAUACACUGCUAGCACUUUAAAACAAAAACAAGCAAAAAACCUUCACAUCAUUGGUAGAUUUGGUAUUUGUAGUGUUAAUUUCAUUGGAGAGUUUGGAAUUGACAUGUACACACAUAUAGGUCAUUACCAUGGAGUACCCUAUCAAUUGUUUUUCAUAUCGAUCUGUAAAAUAUGCUGGAUAUUGUCGUAUUCUCUCAAAUAUGUUUGAAGAAAUGGUUUUGUAUGCAGAAGGGAAAUAUUGCAACGGUCCCUAUAGACCACAGAGAGGACUACAUAUCAUUUAUAAGAAGCUUCACUACAUUUGACCAUGAUGAUUUAAUUGACGGGACAAAAGAAACCAUGGUUUCCUCCCUAAAUCCACUUUCAACAGUUCGUUACUGUAGUCAACAUGAUUGAUUGUCUAGCGGAUAGACGAACAAGUAUGAUAUAUAGGGAAUAACUGGUUACUGUCUUAAGAUAUCGGCUUUAUCCUGCGAAGGUUAGAAUUGCGAAUGUGGCGAGGCAAAUGGUUUAAUGAGUAUGUUUAUUGAAUAUCUACUCUGAAAUACUCGAGUCGAUUCGGGCUUAUGUCACGUGACCUAUAUUUUUGGUCAGUUACCGAAAAUAUAGAGAUUUAUCUAGUCAUCAUAUCUUGCCAAUGUAUACAGUGAUUGCUGGAUAAAAACAUCAUAUCAUAUUUUCGAUUAGAACAAAACAGGAAAUUCAAUAUAAAGCUUUCCUAUUUUAAUUAAUUAUGACAGAAAUGGUGUAUUGAGAACUUACUCGUGUAAUUUUUAAGCAAAAUAACUAUAAUAAGUAUACAUGUACAAGUCAUCGAUUUAGUAAUAGGUUUAUACAUUUUAAUGAAAUGCUACAUUCAACGUUAAUAACAAAGAUAAUAGUAUUCGCCCAAGCAAGGGAAUAAGCUAGAUAUACGUUUGUUACUAUAUAAUACCUCAAUUGCGCUUUUAAAAAGGCAUUGUAUGGCUAGUUGGCUUGACAGUUCUCCUUUUCAGGGAUGUGAGAGGGGCUGGAACAAAAACGCUUACUGCUGUCGGUGUCCAGGGCCCCUGAAGGAAAAUUGUUGUUUGCAACACCUGGAACUGCCAAAAAUUGCAUUGAAUGCUAACAAAUCUAAACUGGUUAUAACUUAUAAGGCACACAUCAUAAACUUCCAUAAUCUGUAGGGAUUACAUAGCGUAUCAUGCAUUCUGUCAGAGUAAAAUAGUAUACUAGUAUGUAUUGACAGAUUAAAACAAUUGUUGAAUCAU